GUUAGUGAUGGCUGCAGGGACCCGACCAUCGUGGAGUGGGGAGAAGAAGACAGACUCCUCAUCAUGGCCUCUUGUGAGCAAGGUUACCGUGACGUGUACGGAUCCACCGUGAGUGGGGUGGAUUGGUAUACAUAUGGUGAGACACUUACUCGCGUGUGGGGCAACUCACAUGAUCGAACAGGGUACGGCGUCCAGAAUGCCUUCAUCAAAGUGACAAUUGAGGACAAGGAUGUGUUGCUUGUUACCCUGCCAGUGUAUUCCAAGGACAACCGAGGAAGCAAUAAAGAAAAGGGUCGGCUUCAUCUUUGGCUGACGGACAAGGCGCGUGUGUAUGAUGUUGGGCCGAUAUCCCGUGAGGCUGAUGACGCUGCCGCGAGCUCCCUUUUGAUGAGGAGUGGGAAUGAAAAGUUGAUCUCAGUGUACGAAAACAAGAAGAGCGACGGGUCAUACAGUCUUGUCGCCGUGAGCCUGGGGAAGCAGCUGGAGCGGAUCAAAUCCAUGGUGAAGAAAUGGAAGGAUUUGGACGGCGCCUUGCAUUCAUGCCGUUCCGUUUCCAGCGGCACUGUCGACUUGCCAACGAAGGGUAUGUGCAAUGGUCCUGUUCCCACUGAUGGGCUUGUUGGCUUCUUGUCUGGUAACUUCUCUGAGGACACAUGGAGAGACGAGUACCUCUGCGUGAACGCAACUGUGAAGAAUGGGGAGAGAAGGGUUCCCAAUGGAUGGACGUUCAAAGGGUCUGAAGCAGGGGCGGUGUGGCCUGUUGGCGACAUGGGGCAGACUGUGCCGUACUACUUUGCUAACAACGAGUUCACUCUUGUGGCGACGGUUUCCAUCCACGAGGUGCCGCAGAGUGGCAGCAUUCCCUUGAUGGGUGUGAGGAUGAAUGACACCAGCAGCACGGUCCUUUUUGGUCUGUCGUACACCCACGACAAGAAGUGGAAGUUCACACUUCCCAAUGGAGCUUCUGAAGAUUACAAAUAUUACGAAUUUAAUAAUAAUUGGCAACCAAACAAAACAUAUCAAGUAAUGCUGCAAAUGGAAGUCAAUGAGUGGUAUGUGUACGUUGAUGGAAUGCAGGCUUAUUCUGGACACUACAAUGGGGAUUUGUUUGAAGAGCACAGGAUCUCACACUUCUAUUUUGGCGCGGAGAAUAAGGAGCAUUCGGAAGGCAGCCACGUGACAGUGAGCAACGUCCUGCUGUACAACCGCACAAUCUAUGGAAGAGAAAGGACGAUGCUCAAUGCAAGCAAAGUCCCUAUUCCAAGCCCUGGUGAGGAGUCACGCUCGGUACCGGAGAUUCCGCCGAGGCCCACCGGCGAAUUUGGGGCUACUUCAGUCAAGAGAAACGAGGAACACCUCGGCAGCCAUGCAGCGUUGGGUAACGGGGAUCCUGAGAGACAACAUACAAGCCCCAACAAUGGUUUGGCGCCUGAGGCUCCCUCUGCAUCGAUACACAGUGCCAGCAAAGUCCCUAUUCCAAGCCCUGGUGAGGAGUUCCUCACUGAAGAAGAGGAGGAAACACCAUCAUCACCUGAAGAGGAGGAAGCAGAGCAGGAAGUUGAGGAGGCGCCACGGCCACAAUCAUCCGUGGAAGCUUCUGGAGGCAGUUAUGCUGCCGCAGUGUCUUCUGGGGGCCGUGGCUCGCACGGAACAAGGGAGGAGGAGACGGAGACGGAUGGCAGCAGUGGAUCGGCAUCUCCACCGGCCUCAUCGAGUGUGAGCACUGCCUCUCAUAGGGGCAGCGACGGGAUGGGUGUCCGUGAAGGCACCUCUCUGCGGGAAGAAGUGCCACCACAUCUCGGGACUGAAGUCAUUCCGAAGGCCGACGUGGAGCGACCGAUCCACGAAGAAGAAGCGACCUCUCCGGAAGGAGCCACUGAGUGGCAGACGCAAGAAAUCACUGCGCCUUUGGUUGAAAAUGAAGACAGUGAGGACGUUAGCACCGCAUCGGGCAAUACAAGCACCCUGCCUGGGGAAACCAAGAUCCCAUCGAAGUCCAACGCAACAGCACCCUCGGACGCUGGCAUUUUGCUUGAGAACGGGCAUUUCGAGGAGUUGGCGGGCAUGGCUCUAUUUGCUGAGAGCACCGUGCAUGGGUGUGUGUCUCGGGUGUUGUUGCUGAUGCUUCUGGGGCUGUGGGGCACUGCGGCUCUCUGUUGA